AAUUCCUACAAAGAAAGGAAGGUUGAGUACCACUGAACAUUAUCAAUUAGAUCUAUCUGAUUUGUCGAAAGUUAUUAUCUUGCUUUUUAUUAAUGAGACAAGUAAUAAUGAUGACAAAAUGUCUGCCAUAUACAUAUUGGAAAAUUUAGACCUGUUAAUAAAGAAUAAAGAAUAUACGAAUAUAUUAACAGGACCUACUACGGCUUAUCUAGAUGAAACAUAUGGGUAUAAACGAUCUAUGAACAUAUCAGAAUACUUUGAUUUACACAAAACAAAGUUCAUUGUAUUGUUUUUAGUCAUAGCCAUUUUUAUAUUAGCAUUCUUAGGAACCUUGAUAAUAUCUAACCGUGCUAAAGCUAGGGCCAAAGCAACAGGAGAAGAACCAGUAUACAAAGAGAGUGAAAACUUUAUUAUUUUCCAACUUGGUAUUGCCUUAUUUCGUUUUGGCACAUUCACAACAUUUGUUAUUGUUGAUUCGAAGGCAAUCCCAUAUCUUUUUGUACCGUGUGUAGCAUUUUUAGUGAUUCCCACAGUAAUCAACUUAUUUAUAGCAUUUUGGAUAUUGUUUUCUGGUCAGAGUCAGAAUUAUGUUGGAUGGUUUGCUAGAAAUGGAAGAGAUGCUGUUAUAGUCGCAUUAUUAUCCGGCACAAAUAUUGAUGCAUUAUUGAUGUUAAAAUCGUGUUUUGCGGGACUUGACAUUUUCAAUGCGCCAUUUAACGAUAGCUCGUUGAAAAGAAUCUUUUGGGGUGCAUGUGCUGAAAUAAUUUUUUCAGAAAUACCACAAUUUAUUAUUCAGAUAUUAUACAUUAAUUCUAGCGUCCUACUCGGUCCUAUUCCGAUAUUUACCUCAGCAUCGUUAAGUCUUUCAAUACUUACCAGUGUGAUAAGUAAAAUUUACUUUAUUAGAUUUAAAGAAUUUUCGCCUUAUUUAAGUCGUUUUACAGAGGAAGAAGAUAAAAAUUCUUUACAAAAAAUUGGAAUUUUAAAUUAUGCAAUAAUUUGCCUAUAA